AUGGAAGGAUUUGGUACAGUGAGGGUACCUGUUAACCACCAGCCCUUAUCGGCAACAAUCCCCGUUCUGAAGCCCUCCCACCGAACGCAGCAAACGCAUCCCAGUGGCCAAGCAAAGCACGAGGGUAGCGAUGUUCUCUUGAUCUUGAAGACUGGUGGGGCGUCGAUGUACCGCCGUCUGCUCAUUCACUUGGUCACCAGUCUGUCUCCAGAGAGAAUUAAUCCGGACAACGUUGUGAUAUACUCGGAUGACAAGGAGACUAUCGGAAACUUUACAACUAUUGACGUCCUCAAAAAAUAUGACGACAGCUACCAAGUCACAUGCCGAUUUCGACGUCUACCAUGCAAAGGUGAUCAUGAAGGCCCUGUCGGCGGCUGGGUUAUAGACAAGUAUAAAUUCUUACCCAUUAUGGAUCUCGCUGGCAGGAAUUGGCCCCAUGCUCUCUGGUAUGUCUUCAUGGAGGACGAUGCAUACAUCCUUCUGCCCAAUGUACUGAACUAUCUGUCAUCGUUCGAUUGGGAGGCACCAUAUUACCUUGGCAGUUCAGCCUUCAUGGCCAACGUCACUUUCGCACAUGGAGGUUCUGGCUUUGCGCUCUCGAGGGGAACAUGGGAGAUGUCCUUUGGGAAUAACCCGCGACUCAUUCAGGACUUUGCCGAGUACACUCGCCAACACGGCUGUGGCGAUCACAUCCUGGGACGUGAACUGAACGAAUAUGGAAUCCGGUUUGGACAAAACGGGGGUGAUGAGAAGUUUACUUGGGGAUUCAAUGGAGUGGUGCAUUGGAAGUUCGGUUUCAGGAGUGAGAACUGGUGCAGACCCCUUUUGUCAUGGCACAAGGCGCACAGCAGGGAUAUAGCGAGAUACUACGAGCUGGAAAAGAGCUGGGGCUUCAAGAGGCCCAUGCUCCACGGUGACCUUUUCAAAAGGAUGAUUGCUCUAGAUUUGGACAAGAGACGAGAAUGGUGGGACAAUCUAUCGUGUCUCUUUGAUAUUACUUCCGCCAACGCGAAUUUGCCUCCGGCUCCGCAGUCCAAGUACAAUCGCAGCCUGUGA